AUGACAGCUACCAGUGCUAAACCUUACGAGCCAUCAACUGCCCCUUUGAGCGGUUUUCAGCUCUACUGGCGCUUCGGCUUCGCCGGAGCUGUUUGCUGCUCACUUACUCAUGGCGCCCUGACUCCAGUCGAUGUUGUAAAAACAUCAAUCCAGCUCGACCCAGUCAAGUACAACCGCGGCUUGAUUGGUGGAUUCAGGCAGAUUAUCGGUGAAAAGGGCUUCGGUGCCGUGUGGACUGGCGUGGGACCCACCUUCGUUGGGUACUUCUUCCAGGGCGCAUUGAAAUUCGGCGGAUACGAGUUCUUCAAGCAGCUGUCCAUCGACACGCUUGGAUACGAAACCGCUGCUAGGAACCGCACCGCCGUCUACUUCGCCUCCUCUGCCGCUGCCGAGUUCGUUGCCGAUAUUGCGCUCUGCCCACUCGAGGCCACUCGGAUCCGCCUGGUGUCUGAUCCCGGCUUUGCCGACGGCCUGAUCGGAGGCUUCUCAAAGCUUGCAAAGACCGAGGGCCUUGCCUCGUUCUACUCCGGCUUUGGUCCCAUUUUGUUCAAGCAGAUCCCGUACACCUGCGCCAAAUUCGUCGUAUACGAAAAAGUCGUCGAGGCCGUCUACAAGCGCGUCGACAAGCGCUCCCUGCCCGACGCCGCCCACACGGCCGUCAACCUCGGCUCCGGCCUCGUCGCCGGUUUCGCCGCGGCGCUCGUCUCGCAGCCCGCCGACACGAUGCUCUCCAAGAUCAACAAGGUCAAGCUUCUGCCGGGCGAGAAGGUCUCCGCCCGCUUGGUCCAGACUGCCAAGGAGCUCGGCGUACGUGGCUCCUUUACCGGUGUCGGGCCUCGUCUAUUCAUGGUUGGAACUCUUACGGCUUUUCAGUUUGCCAUAUACGGCGACCUGAAGAAGGCUAUCGGUGCUGUUGGUGGCAUCGAGAUUGCGCCGAAGUAG